AUGGGCGUCUUUGAUGAAGAUGCAUCAACAUGUCCUGUCAUAGCUUCGGGUUUCGUUAACUCCAAGGAAGGGACUUGGGAGCCAAGAAAAGCGCCCAAUGUUUCUGUUUGUAAGUAUUCAAAUUCUCUCUUGGGAUUCUCAUCUCUUCCGUCAUUUAUAUCACUUCCCUUCUCAAUUCUUCCACCCCAAUCCAUCCGCCUUCUCUUCCGAUCAACUCUGAAAAUCAACACCAUGUGGUUGAGACCAUUACUGUUUGGCUCGCUUUCAAGACAAGUGACGGCAAUGGCGGUUCAUCCGGCGGCCACCAUAACCACCAUACUCCAUUACAGUCGUCUCCUCCCUCGGGAUCUCGCCGUUGAUUUAGAGAGACACCGAUUCAUCCGCCAUGAGUUAAUCGAUCAGCAUGACUUCCUGUUCAAUUUCAUUGUUACCAUUCUGACAUGCUUCUGGUAG